CAUUUGCUUCGCUCCGCCCUAGAGCCCCGGAGUCCCAGCCGGUUACGGUCCCAGGCCUGCAGUCGCCCGCUUCGUCUCUCCUUUCAACAUGACAGAUGCCGCUGUGUCCUUCGCCAAGGACUUCCUGGCAGGUGGGGUGGCCGCAGCCAUCUCCAAGACAGCGGUAGCGCCCAUCGAGCGGGUCAAGCUGCUGCUGCAGGUGCAGCACGCCAGCAAGCAAAUCACCGCAGAUAAGCAAUACAAGGGCAUUAUAGACUGUGUGGUUCGUAUCCCCAGGGAGCAGGGAGUCCUGUCCUUCUGGCGUGGUAACCUGGCCAAUGUCAUCAGAUACUUCCCCACCCAGGCUCUCAACUUUGCCUUCAAAGAUAAAUACAAGCAGAUCUUCCUGGGUGGUGUGGACAAGAGAGCCCAGUUCUGGCGAUACUUUGCAGGGAAUCUGGCAUCAGGUGGUGCCGCUGGGGCCACCUCCUUGUGUUUUGUGUAUCCUCUUGAUUUUGCCCGGACCCGUCUAGCAGCUGAUGUGGGCAAAGCUGGAGCUGAAAGGGAAUUCAAAGGCCUCGGUGACUGCCUGGUUAAGAUCUACAAAUCUGAUGGGAUUAAGGGCCUGUACCAAGGCUUUAAUGUGUCUGUGCAGGGUAUUAUCAUCUACCGAGCUGCCUACUUCGGUGUCUAUGACACUGCGAAGGGAAUGCUUCCAGAUCCCAAGAAUACUCAUAUCUUCAUCAGCUGGAUGAUCGCACAGUCCGUCACAGCAGUGGCUGGGUUGACGUCUUAUCCAUUUGACACUGUUCGUCGCCGCAUGAUGAUGCAGUCAGGGCGCAAAGGAACUGAUAUCAUGUACACAGGCACGCUUGACUGCUGGAGGAAGAUUGCUCGUGAUGAAGGAGGCAAAGCUUUUUUCAAGGGUGCAUGGUCCAAUGUUCUCAGAGGCAUGGGUGGUGCUUUUGUGCUUGUCUUGUAUGAUGAAAUCAAGAAGUUCACAUAAAUUAUUUCCUAGUCUUCCCUCCCCGCACCCACCGUGAACAGGCAUGUUGUAUUAUGUAACAUAUCUUGAGCAUUCUUGACAGACUGUCGGCUGUCUAUUUAUCAGUGGCAACUAUUUACUGGUUGAAAAUGGGAAGCAAUAAUAUUCAUCUGACCAGUUUUCUCUUAAAGCCAUUUCCAUGAUAAUGAUGGGACUCAAUUCUAUUUUUUAUUUCAGUCACUCCUGAUAAACAACAAAUUUGAAGAAAUAAAAAAAUCAAAUAU